GAACUUUGUGCUUCAACAACACAACAUGAAGCAAAGAUUCUCCUCUCUCGACGUUAGGGUCAUCGCCCACGAGCUGUCGAAUGCGCUCGUGACUCUUCGAGUCUCGAACAUCUACGACCUUUCAUCGAAAAUCUUCCUCAUCAAGUUCGCGAGGCCUGAAAACAAACAGCAGAUAGUCAUUGACUCUGGAUUUCGAUGUCACCUCACACAAUUCUCUCGAGCGACCGCCGCUGCACCGUCAGUCUUCGUCGCAAGGCUGCGGAAAUGUCUCAAGACACGACGAGUCACCUCAGUCUCGCAGGUUGGCACAGACCGGAUCAUCGAAUUUCAAUUUAGUGAUGGGCAAUACAGACUAUUUUUGGAGUUCUAUGCGGCCGGGAAUAUAAUCUUGACAGAUAAAGGUUUGAAGAUUUUAGCGUUGCUGCGGAUUGUCACGGAAGAAAAGGGGGAAGAGGAGCAACGGGUUGGCCUGAUAUACUCGUUGGAGAACAGACAAAACUAUGGAGGCAUACCACCUUUGACGAAGGAGCGUUUACAGAAUGCGCUGCAGAAGGCGGUGGAUAGAGGCGAGGAUGGCCUGGUUGCUGGGAAAAAACCCAAGAAGAAGGCUGCCGAUGCAUUGAGGAAAGCCCUGGCGGUUUCCAUCACGGAGUUUCCACCAAUGUUGGUCGACCACUCGAUGCAGGUUAUAAAUUUCGAUUCUUCACUGAAACCGGCCGACGUCUUACAGAAUGACGCUCUGUUAGACCACCUAAUGCGAUCGUUACAAGAGGCUCAAAGGGUUAUCCAGGAAAUUACAAGCUCCGAGGUGGCGAAAGGAUACAUUGUUGCGAAGAAAAGAGAUGGCUACGACGAGGUUUUGAAGACUGGGGACUCUCGAAAAUUCCUGGUUUACGAUGAUUUUCACCCUUUCCAACCCCGCCAGUUCGAGAGCGAUCCCGACUCAGUGUUUUUGGAAUUCAAUGGAUUCAACAAGACAGUUGAUGAAUUCUUCUCUUCGAUUGAAGGCCAAAAGUUGGAGUCACGUCUCCAGGAACGGGAGCUCACAGCAAAGCGGAAAAUCGAAGCUGCGCGACAAGAUCAAGCCAAACGGCUUGGUGGAUUGCAGGAAGUCCAAACAAUGAAUGAACGAAAGGCUGCAGCUUUAGAGGCCAAUGUAGAAAGAGUCCAGGAAGCCAUGGAUGCUGUGAAUGGGCUAAUCGCGCAGGCUAUGGAUUGGGUUGAGAUUGGAAAGCUCGUCGAGAUGGAGCAGAGACGAAAUAACCCGGUUGCCUCCAUUAUUAAAUUACCUCUCAAGCUUGAGGAGAACACAAUAACCCUUUUACUGGACGAAGAAGAAUUUGGGGACGACGAUGACUCGGACUACGAGACCGACAGUGAUGUUGGGGAUAGUGAAGACGAAGGGUCCAAGAAAGAAUCAAAGCAAAAGACACCGGACAAGAGAUUGACGAUAGACAUCAAUCUUGGCAUAUCUCCUUGGGCCAACGCAGGCGAGUACUAUAACCAAAAACGUUCUGCUGCAGACAAGGAACACAAGACUCUACAGUCAUCAACAAAAGCCUUGAAGAGCCAAGAAGCCAAAAUUGCUCAUGAUCUCAAGAAAGGACUAAAGCAAGAGAAGGCAGUUCUACGACCCGUCCGCAAACAGAUGUGGUUCGAGAAAUUUUCUUGGUUCAUUUCGUCUGACGGCUACCUGGUCUUGGCUGGCAAAGAUGCCCAGCAGAAUGAGAUGCUCUACAAAAAAUAUUUGAAGAAAGGAGACGUUUAUGUUCACGCCGAUAUACACGGGGCUGCCAGCGUAAUCAUCCGAAAUAAGCCAAAGUCGCCAGAUUCCCCGAUUCCUCCUUCGACAUUAUCACAGGCAGGGUCUCUCGCUGUAACUUGUUCAAGCGCCUGGGACUCGAAAGCUGGAAUGUCUGCUUGGUGGGUAAACGCUGACCAAGUAUCAAAAUCUGCACCGACAGGAGAAUUUUUGCCGACUGGUAGCUUCAUGGUUCGAGGAAAGAAAAAUUUCUUGCCACCUGCUGUUUUGCUGCUAGGAUUUGGUGUUGUGUUCCAGAUCAGCGAGGAAAGCAAGGUUAGACAUGUCAAGCAUAGAAUUCAGGAUGACGGCUCAGCAGUUGGCCCCUCCGUUGGACAAUCUACCCCUCAAUCAGUCGCAAGUGAGGAGCGGGAGGCUCCUGAGCUGGAUGAGGAUCAACGCAGCAUGCCUGAUGACAACGACGAGUCUGAUGCCGAGGAGGAGGAAGCCUCUGCAAACCCACUUCAAACGGAGCCGCAGGUGGAAUCAGUUAAUUCGGACCGCGAAGAAGAGCUCUCGACGGAGCAGAUUAUCCAGCUCCAAGUAGAAGGCGCUCCCGUGCUGCAACCAGAACCAAAAGCCCAAGAAAACGAGAGCGAACCUGAAUCCGAUGAUGAGAUACCAAGAUCAUCGGGCAUCCAAACACCCAGCGAGCAAGGCGUGCCUAGAAAAGGUCCCGCGCCAGCCAAACGAGGCAGGAAAGGCAAAGCCAAGAAAAUUGCCACUAAAUACAAAGACCAAGAUGAAGAAGACCGUCUUGCAGCCCAACAACUAAUUGGCGCUGCCGCCGGGCUCGAAAAAGCCAGAGCCGAAGCCGAAGCAAAAGCUGCACGAGAAGCAGAACUUGCAUUUCAGAAAGAGCGUCGGCGCGCCCAACAUCAACGAACGCAGGAGGAGACUGCUGAGCUUGAGGAGAUCCGUAGAUUGAUGUUAGAGGAGGGACAAGAUAUUUUAGAGGAGGGAGAGGAGGAGAAGAUGACUAGUUUUGAGGCCUUGGUCGGCAUGCCGUUGAAGGGAGACGAGAUUCUUGAGGCGAUUCCUGUUUGCGCACCUUGGGCUGCGAUGGCGAAGUUUAAAUAUAAGGCGAAACUACAACCAGGAGCACAGAAGAAAGGGAAGGCGGUUAAAGAAAUUUUGGGGAGGUGGGUUACUGAUACCGGGGCAAAGGGAAAGGUGGAUGAGACGUCAACGGAUUCGGAGAGGAUGUGGCCUAGGGAAGUGGAGUUGCUGAGAGGGUGGAAGGCAGAGGAGGUCACGAAUACGGUGCCGGUUAGCAAAGUGAGGGUUAUGAUGGCCGGUGGGUCGGCGGGGACUGCAGCUGGGAAGGCAGCACAGAAUAAGGGGAAGGGUGGGAGUGGCAAGGGGAGUAAGAAGCAGCGAUAG